GUUUUUCCUCCUUCCUUCCUUCCUUCCUUCCUUCCUUCCCACCCUCCUUUCUUUCCUUCCUCUAUCCUCUCUCCUUUUCUACCCUUUCCUUUCCUAUUUGGAGAGCAGCCUUUCCAAACCCCCUUCCCUUUCCCUCCUUCACCUGCACUCUCCUUCCUCCUCCUCCUCCUCCUCUGCUGCUUUCUCCUUCCCUCUCUCAAAGCCAGAGCCUUUUUCUUCUUGCACCACAAUAACUCACCACGCUUGUUCUCUCCCCAAGAUCCCUCAUCAGCCUUGCUUCUGCACUUGGGACCUGUCUGCACCUCCCUUCUCCUUUCCCUCCUCCUUUUCCCUCUUCUCCAAAGCCUCUCUCCCAUUCCUCCUCUUUGCUUUCUUUUAUGGGGCGUCCAAAGGCACCAUGCUCUCCAUGUCCAAGAACUCCUUCAAGAUCAAGCAACCCUCCCAGGAUCCAGGGCCCCAAAGUCCAAAGUCCUCCAACAUGACUAGCAAGAGGAACCAAAAUGACUACGCGCUCCAGUGCAUUCCAGGUGAAUACAUCCAAGAAGAGGCUGCCCGCGUCCGCAAGAGCCUCUCUUCCCGAGAUGGUGAUGGGUACAUCCCUGGGACCCUCUACUGUACCAACCUCAGGGUGGCUUUCCUUCCAGAUCUCUCUCCAGACAGUGAGGAUUACUCCUGCCAUUCCUUCAUGCACAGCGACUAUGAUGUAGCCCUCUCCUGUAUUGGGCGGCUGGUAGCAGUGAACAGCUUCACAAAAGCCAAGGUGUUGACGAGUACCUCCACCUUGAAGUUCAUCCCAGAAGAGCUGGUGGUCUACUGCCGGGAUUUUCGGGUGCUGCAUUUCCACUUCCACGAGAGUGGCUUAGAACCACAAGCCUUCCGGGUGACCAUGGCCAUUGCCCAAGCACAGGAGAGCAGCAGCAGGGACGCUGGUGCCAGCGGCUGUGAAAAUGUUGCUUUGAAGAACUUGGAGAAUAGCCGGCUGAGGAGGGAAGAGGAAGAAGAAGCUGAAGAAGAGUCCCCCACACUGCUUUUUGAGACCCUCUCGGACUGGGAGAAGGAGCUGAAGCGUUUGGGGGUGGCAGGGUGGAGGGUCAGCCCCGUGAACGAACGCUUUGACAUGUCCACCAGCCUCCCCAAAUAUCUGUGGGUCCCCAGUCAGUUUCUGGACAACGAGCUGAAAAGGACCUUUGUGCAUUUCAAUGAACGGCGUAUUCCGAGGCUAUGUUGGCAUCACCCAGCAGGCAGCAGUCUCCUCCGAUCAGCCAGUUUCCACCCUGAUUCAGACCCAGAGAAGGAAGACAUGAGAUCUGUGGAGAGGCUGAUGCUGGCUGGACAUUCCCAGUGUGUGGUGGUGGAUGUGACCUCUGACCUUCCCAGUCCCCCUGAGAUCCAACAGUCCUACUCCAGGCUCUGGAUGCUGAGCCUCUGCCUUGCAGAUUCCUCUGUUGCUCCUUCUGAUGAGAAGUGGCUCUCAAGCUUGGAAGGAACGCGAUGGUUGGAUCAUGUCAGGGCAUGCUUGAAGAAGGCCAGCGAGGUAUCUCUCCUGCUAGCCGAGAGGAGUCGAUCAGUUGUCCUGCAAGAAUCGGAUGACAGAGAUCUGAAUUGUUUGCUGGCCUCCCUGGUCCAGGUCCUUUCCGAUCCUCACACCAGAACCAUAUCUGGGUUUCAGAGCCUGAUCCAGAAGGAGUGGGUGGCAGCCGGACAUCCUUUCCUACAGCGCCUCAACCUGCUUCAGAGGAACGACCGAGACGAGUCGCCAGUGUUUCUUCUCUUUCUGGAUUGCAUAUGGCAGCUGCUCCAGCAGUUCCCCAAAUCCUUUGAGUUCACCGACGCCUAUCUGGUGGCUUUGCAUGACAGCAGCUACGUCCCAUUUUCCAGCACGUUCCUGUUCAACUGCCAGUGGGAAAGAGGUCGGAAAAAUCAGAACCGUUUCCGCAACCAACUCUACACUCCCAUGAACGGCUGGCGGGAGACAGUCUGCAUGGAGAUCUUGCAGAAAGGAGGCUACCUGGUCAAGGAAGCAGAGCCCACAGCGUAUUUGCCCACCAUUUGGGAUUGGGCUUUGAGGUACAGCCCACGGCAGAGAGCCCAGUUCAGGAACCCCUGGUUUUGCAACAAGAUCACCAGCAGCGGAGAGGCUUUGAAUGGAAACUUCCUUCCCCCAAAUGGCAGCAAGAUGGAUAAUACUCCUUCAGGGAAAUGGGCCCUGUAUCUCUUCUCCAAGGGCUCCCUGACUUUGCAAUCGCACUUUUUUCCUUGGAAAAACGGUUCCCUCUCCAAGAAGGGAUCCCGACGGACUCUGCUGCCUGAGGGACCUGGAGAACAAGAGAGGUCACUGAGGGGGAAUUCCUUAAGCGUCCGCCUCCUUGGUUGCGACGAUGAACUGCUGCUUCUUCCAUCUCAUGCUGGGCCUUCGGUCCGCUUGUGGAAAAGGUGCUACCUUCGUGGGAACCCAGACAUUCAGGUUGGUCUCUUUGCUUCCACCAUUGCCGGCCUCAUGGAAGAACUGGAUCUUCUUGAAGAGCAGCUUCUAGCAAGCAAGAAAAAGCUACAGCACAGCUGUUGAGGGAAGGGAUUAAUUCCCCAGAAAGAAAGAGGGUACGGAGUUCCUUUUGCCAUCCCACGAGGGAGAAAAACCUAAAGGAUGGUGCUUCAGAAUAUCCCAUACAGAACAGAGACCAACUCUUGAUUUUUCUGCAUACACAAAAAGCAGCAUUUGCAAUAAGCUAGGUUUUGGGAACAGCUGAAUUGGGAAUCUUCAUGCAUUUCCCCCAGGAAUCCAUUUCCAAAGUUAGUAUCUUGUUGAUAAGAGCACUGAUGUUCUUCUGCGUUCAGGAAGGAUACUCUGGACGUGACUGAUAUUUAGGAAGAGUCCUUUCCUUGGAUCAAAACAACUCUUUCCUUAUCUCUUUGUGUGGAUUUAUAGAUUCGCCUUGAAGGAUCACUUUGGAUGAUCCAGAAAUAUCAGCUCUUUCCCCUCCUUGGAGUUGCCUAACCUGGCAGAGUAGCCAUGGCUGCUCUAGCCUUCUCAUUGAUGUUUCUUCCUAGUAUUUCCCCCUGGUCCAUCAGUGACUAUAAACCAUAUAAACAGCGCAUGAUUUGAAUCCCUCGGUAAAGUAGAAAGCAGUCGGAAGAGAACAAGACUGCAUUGCAAGUGCAUCGAUUCCAUCAAGGAAGCCUGCCCUGAGUAUGCAAGACCUGGCUAUUGAUAACAAGGUGGCUUGGAGAUUUCUCAUUCUUAGGAUCGCAAUAAAUCGAAGUCGACUUGACGGCAGCUAACAACACCUGGAUCCCUCGGUACUCAAAGCAAUAACUGUCAGUGUUAAGUAACUUUGAGUAUGUGACUUGUGCUAAAGGUUUAUACGAAGUGCCUUGCUGGGUCAGGAAUUAAAUCCCUAACGAUAUCUGUCAGUGAUCAUUGCCAGAAUUGUUCAGUCGGGGUGGAAAAUUUUGACCCCCAAAUUAUUUUUGUGGUCCUCAGAAAAGGCUUUUGUGUGUGUUGGCUCUCCUGGGACCCUUCAGGAGAGAGCAGUUUAAAUAGGUCUCAGUAUUAUACAGUUGGCCCUCCUUAUCCCUGGAUUUUUUUUUAAUCCGUGGAUUCAAGCAUCCACGCCUUGAAAAUGUUCCAAAAAAAGUAUAAAUUCCAAAUAGCAAACCUUAAUUUUCCAUUUUAUAUAAGAGAGACCAUUUUACUAUGCUAUUAUAUUUAAUGGGACGUGAGCAUCCACAGAUUUUGUUAUCCGUGGAGGAUCCUGGAACCAAACCCCAGCAGAUACCAAGGACCCACCGUGAUAUUAAAACAAUGUCCUCCCAUUGCUCCUGAACAGAAAAGACCCACUGAGUCAAUGGGAUAUGCCUUAUGUAUUCACUUACGGUUCAAUAGUUGAUCGAUGGGAUCUAUUCAAGAUGGAACUGACCAACAGGAUUCCAUCUCAAUAUCUGUUUUCCAAAACCAGAAUGAGAUGGCUGGCCACUUCUGACUUUUUUGACAGGUUUUAGUAUUUGGAGUUGUUCCAGAUACAGAGAAUUGACCACUGAACCUGUUGCAACUGUCCAUCUCUGUGUUAGGACAUUCCACCAGAAACUGACCACAGAGCCACCAAUGGACCAAAAACCAAUUCUGCCCCAUUUCACAGUAGUAUUCCCCCCUUUUUUUCAGCAUUGUGACAUUUGGGGUAAUCCAACCUCUCGAGUUGAGAAUGAAACUUCAGUGCUAGAAUAUCUCCUUAUCCUCCGGUCCUCUCUCAGUAGCAAUAUUUAGGUUACUUGGAGCAUUAUGCUGCAUAAACACUUGGGAAACUUUGAAUAGCCAUGGCUGAAUGGGUAUUAUUAAUGUAUGUUUUUGUGGAUCAUGAAUCCAUGAACCUGUGUCUAAAGAGCACAAACAGGGAUUUUAUAACGGUGAUGACUGCAGAUAUUUUUCUGACCGUUUCCCUUAGAUUUCCUGGCCCAACUACAAGCAAUAACUAGAACCAGCCUCAAAGGCCUUGAAUGGCAAAUAUCUGUCACCGAUCAAAAACUGGAAUGUGUCUUACCUGUUCUUGCUAAACCUGAUUUGCGUGGCCGGUUUCAGAGCCCUCGAUAAUGAUCCUUCAGCACUUUACACGGACUUGUUCUUUAGUUCUGAAAGAAAGAGAAAUGGAACAUAUAUAAUAUAUUAUAUGAUAGGAGGAUGGAAGACGACAACUUGAGCAUCCAUGGAUUUUGGUACCCACCGGAGGCCCUGGAACCAAAACCUAACAGAUGCCCACUGUAAUACUGUUAUAUAUAUACAUGCUUUGGCAAAAAUCCUCUCAAUCUCCAUUCUUCAUAAGCACUUAAUCUGGAAUUAUGUUUUAUGAGGCCUCCAAGAUCUCCUGAGGGCAUCAAUACGUUUCGCUUGGUUUCAAGAGUUGCCCGUCCCUGCUGCCAGGAGCUAUUAAGAAGUAAUGGGUCCUUUUCGCUUUCCUUUGCCUUAGGUUGCAUCCUCAGGCAUAGAAAUACGCAUGAAAAUAUGCAGAAAUAUGCACACGCAGACCUUUAAAAAAUGAAUGCUGGUACCUAGGAAUUUAAUAUGUCUCCCAUCUCUGUAUAUCAUAUUUGCACAGUUAUUUUUUCCCCUUUCUAUGUUUUGAGUGCCUACUGUAUAUAUAUCUUUUUACUUCCUUUUGUGCUCCAUAGUUUUACCAAGACAAAGUUUGAUGCUGCUGUUAGAUAUUUGCCGGGUUUUUGUUUUGGAUGUUAUUGUAUAAACUUUUGGUCAGACGCCUUAAUGAGAAGAUGAGGAAUUUUAAGCUAAUAAUAAUAAUAAUAGAUGAUGAUGAUGAUGAUGAUGAUGAUGAUACAGGUUGAGUUUCCCUUAUCGAAAUGCUUGGGACCUGAGGUGUUUUGGAUUUCAGGGUUUUUCUGAAUUUUGGAACACCUGUAUUUGCACAAUGAGAUACUUUUAGAGACAGGAUUCAAGUCUAAACACAAAAUUCAUAUAUGUUUCCUAUAUAUAGAAAUGUACAUAACGUUGCUAUAUACCUUAUACACAUAACCAGAUGGUAAUUUUAUUCAACAAUGUUGUGCAGGAAACCAAGGUCCCAAACACACUGCAGAGAU